AGCCAUCCGUCUGCUGCUUUGACUGCGGCCAGUCGCCGGAAUCUACGCCCCAGUCUCAGGCGCUCGCCUUUAUUACGUCCUAUUUCUUUCUCAUGUUGCGAUCGAUUUGUAAUCGAAAUAUUACUUCACUGAAUGGAAUGUGUCUCUAUAGUGCGUGUUAUAUUUAUAUCUUGCAAAAAACACUUUCAAAACUGUGAUAAACCGACAUAAAUUUUCAUAUUUUUGCACGGGUGUGCGAGUGGCGACGGGGCGGAGACGCCGCAAACGGGCGGCAUUCGCUCGGCCCGGCCGUCGCGACGGCUCAGCGCUAGUCAGACAUGUUUCGAUCGCGGCCGCAGAGCGUCGCGCUUGCCGGCGCGUAGGUCGCUCGUGACAUGCGCCUCUCGAGGUCCAGCGACGGUGGGGGUGACCGAAUAUGGAUGUAGUGACGCCUCAUAUAACCUCCGUGCUGAAAACAUACCAGGCCAGCGCGCCGCGCAGCCUGCAAGGACCUGGCUGCGGGCGCGCGGAGCGGGAAUGUAACGACGCGCCGCCGCCGCCGCCGCCGCGCGCGCCGCCGCCCAUCCUGCUGGCCGCCGACCCCGUGCUCGGCGAGCGCGGCGAGACCGUGCUCGAGGGCGAGCCCAUCUCGUGCUUCAGCGUGGGCGGCGAGAGGCGGCUGUGCCUGCCCCAGAUCCUGACCUCGGUGUUGACCAACUUUACCUUGGAGCAGAUCAACCGCGUGUGUGAUGAACUACAGAUAUACUGUUCGCGGUGCACGCCCGAGCAGCUGCACGAGUUGAAGUCGACGGGCGUGUUGCCGCGCUCGGCGCCGUCGUGCGGGCUGAUCACGCAGACGGACGCGGAGCGGCUGUGCGCGGCGCUGCUGCACGCGCCCGCGGCCUCGAGCCCGCACAAGCUGCCGGGGUUCCGGGUGUACCACGAGUGCUUCGGCGGCGGACGAGGGGUGUGCGCGCCCGACCUGAACCUAGUGCAGUGUUUAGAAUGCCGGUCUUUGUACACGCCGCGGCGGUUCGUGUGCCACUCGCACGAGGCGGAGCACCGGACCUGCCACUGGGGGUUCGACUCGUCGCGCUGGCGGCGGUUCCUGCUGGUGGCCGACGAGGAGCAGGAGAAGGAGAAAUGCGUGGCGCUGUUGGACGACUUGGCGGCGAAGGAGGCGGCUGCGCCCGCCCACGCGCCGCCUGUCGUCAAACAUCAGCUGCCCUUGAAGAGAAAACAGGUGGUAGAAACAGUGGUCUGCAAGCCGGAGCCAGCGGAAUCUCCGCCGAAGAAGGCGCGCGGAGAGGAUUUCAGCUACGCGCUCUACCUAGACCCUUACGCACAGCUCCAGUACCAGGCCCUAUCAGCCUUCCGACCCUGGGGAAAAAGAGAACCGGUCCUGCAAAACCCUGAAAGGGUGGUCCGUGUGGCGCACUGCGCUAGGUUCCAACGGGACUUCCAGCCAAACGUAGCUCUCAAACCCUUAACACCGCCCGUAGAUGAUGUGACAUCGUCUACAUCCCCUCCACCCAUAGAACCCGAGUUAACCGCAAGGUUGCUGGACGCAGAAGCAAGGUUAGCGGAACGGGCGCGAAGGCUGGACGAAAGGGAAGCAGAGUUAGCUCGCCGAGAAGCCAUACUCAACGAGAGAGAAGCAGCUAUAGCGAGGAGGGAGAGAGAAGAAAAGGGCCCCGAACCCAGCGCGUCACCGCCGAAACAGAAGGCUGAACCGCCGUGUUGACCGACGACAGUUAUAAAGAGGGUGUUCAAGUGAUUUGCGAACGCUCAGUGACUUUGCGUCUCACAGUACAAAACAUUCGGUCCCGUUCAGAAACGCGGCUAAUCACAGAGCACUCAAGUCGCGGCGACGUGAGCGACUUCGCUGCUCUGUGCCUGUAAAUAUAUUCCCAAUUUAAUUUCCUCUCCAUUUUGGAAACCACUGAUGUAUAUGAAAAACGUGCUCUUACAAUGAGAGUGGAGGGCAUCACAAGUUUAUUAAUAUCAGUUUUACAAACGGACCGUGGCUUGACGUUUAACGAGUGUACAUAAUCAUAUCAAGUACAGUUUUACGAUAUUGUUACAUUAUAUACAGUUUUCUUGUAAUAUCUUCAACGUGUGCCAUGCUGUAGGUAUCUGUUACCUUUCAUCAAACCUCAGUCUGCUCUUUCAAUAAUUAACGAAAUACUCACAUUAUUAUAGUGAAAUAGUAAUAAAUAAACCAUAAGCAUAAUUUAUACAGGGUUAUUUUUAAGGUAUUUUGUUUUUCAGUACGUACAUUAGUUUUCAUUUAAGUUCUUCCAUAUUAUGUUGAAAUAGUAUAUUUUAACCCAGAAGUACACAGUAACAGUCUUGUAAUAAUAGUAUAUUUUUUAAAAUAAAUAACUCUGUAUAAACCUCAGCAAUACCAAAUAAUGCAGUAUAUACUUAGUUUUGCAUCGUCAUACCUCCAUUUUAUUUCAAAUGUUUAGAAAACUGAUUCUUGGUAAUUUUCCUUACGGAGGCACGUGUAUUGAUCCAUUUUAAUUUAGUUCUCCCUGAUCGGGCUGUGGGAUUAAUCAUAAAAUUAAUUAAUUAAUACAUUAUCUAAAUUAACAUCUUUUUAUUAUUAAACCGACUUUAAAAGGGUUUUCAAUUCGUCGGAAUUUUUGUUUUCUUUUUAAGACCGUGGUCAAUACCAUAUUUUUUUACAUUUUUGUGGUCAGCGCAAAAUGAAAACGCGCGAAGUUUAAAUGUUUUCUUUUCAGGUAUUGUCUAUACUUUAAGAACAGUACCACAGAUAUUAUUUAGAUACUUGUGGCUUAUUAUGUUUACUUCUAGUCUACAGCUCGAUUAGUGCCAAUACUUUUAUAUUUAACGGUGAUAAAUUACAUAAGUUAGUCCAGAAGGUCAAAUUAAAAAAAAAAUAAGGGGAACAUCCCGCAUUCUACCUCAUUGUAAUUAUAUUAAAAAAGAAAUAUUUGGCUAAAUAAGUGUUUUAAACUUAAGCUGAUUAUAAUUUGAGACUUUGAUUUCGAGUCUGAACUUUGGAGCAAUAAUAAUGGAAAGUGAAUAUUAUCACUGCCAGAACGUUGUUAUCAAUUUAUUAUUUAAAUAAAUACAUACCGGUAGCUAUAAUUGAUAACAGUAAUGAAAAAAAAAAAAAACAAACAGUUAAACAUAGAUCGCAUUUCUGUGUUGCAACA